CGGAUAUCGCUAGCAUCAGAACCAGAACUGACGUAAGGAAAAUUGUGCAGGUUUGUGGUUCAGGUUCUCACAAUUGUUGGUGUUUUGUGUUGUAACAGUGCUUUUAUUGCGUUUCCCCCUGUGACAAACGGAGACAAUGAAGUACCAACUAAUUACAUUGUUUGUAAUUGUAAGCGUAUGUCAGGGAGCAAAACUGGUUGGCGAUAGUGUUGUAAUCAACGGUCAAACAGAUCCUAUCCCAUCAGUAACUGAAAUUACACCGAACGGUAAUGAUACUACGACAGUACCAACAACCUCCACUUCUACUCCAAAGACAUCAACUUCGAUACCCACUACUACCAAAAAUCCAAAUACUACGACGACGGUCAAACCAACUCCACCACCAACCAACGCUACAACUACUGAAAAGCCAACUCCUACAACAACUAACGCAACAACGACAACAAACAAACCUACUCCAGUACCUCCCGUGACAACAACAAAGGAUACACCAACAAAGUCGCCGGUAACGACUACGGUGGCACCAACUCCGGCCAAUAACCGGAAGUUCGACGGUCCGAGUUUCGUUGGAGGGAUCGUGCUUGCGUCAGGUCUCAUGGCCAUCGGUUUCGUUGCUUUCAAAUUCUACAAAGCACGCACAGAGCUUAACUAUCAUACUCUAUAACAUGUUUUGAUUUUUAGAGUUUUGUGAAGGUUUUCGAAAAAAAUGAAAAAAAGUAAGAUUAUUUCAAUUGAUAUUCGAAUUCGAAAGAAUCUCUUUAGUUUUGUUUAAUUAAACUGAUUUAUGAUGUUGGUGCGUGUUUUUUUUUUGUUUAGAUAUAUUUUAAUCGAAACGGAUUAUUUUGAGAAGUUAAUGUGUUAUUUUAUUAUUUUGUAGUUUUUUCGUAUGUUGUUGUUUCCGUGGAACCAAGUGUAAUAGUGCAACUCAAAUUUUAAUUCUGUCCGAUAAAAGUGCUCUUAAUAGAGUAGUUUAAUUACUCAAUUGAAUUAAUGAGGGUGCGCUAGUCGUAAGGUCUAGUUAUAUAUAUUUCAAGAUGUGUAUAUUUUUUCGAUUUGUUAGGGGCGCCGCCGUGAUAUUGUUUAAGUAAGUGAAAGUGAUAUUUUUGCAAAGGCUGUGCCCCAGUAGGUGUAUGUUAACUAGAAUAGGUUUUUGCAAUCUCAUCCACAGUGUUUUGAUUUGGUGCACUUAUUUUUAAAUACCAGCCUUCUCGUCUUGUAUAUUCGAAUUAAUUGUCAAGCUUUUCUCAAAUAAAGUUUGUUUACGUA